CCCUUACCAGCGCCUCUUCAAUCACUGUUCACAUCUAGCCUCUAUUCACUGAAUCCAUUAGCAUUCAGCGCACAAAGAGAAGCUAGCUUAAAAGGGGGUUGAAAUUGUGUAAAAAAAAAUAAAAAAAUAGGGAGAGCGAGGGCGCAAUGGGAUGGGAGACGGGGGCCACGGGGAGUGAACAAACCGGAGAGGUGUGUUCAUAUACCGCAAGGGCUCUUUCAGUACUAGAUUAGGAUGACAAGAGAAUCGUCCAUGCGACUUUACCAAUCACAGACCAGAACGCUUCGAAAACACUAAGGUUAGGCUGUGUGGCGCAGAAUGGCGCAGAAGCACCCCUGUCGAAGCUGCCUGGUCGGGGUCUACAGUUGCCAUGGGAAGGACAAAAAAACAGGGAAAUGGCAGUGUGCAUGCUGCUGGUUCACUUUCCAGUCCUUCAUCUUUCUGCUGACUCUUUGGUGGAUCUAUGUAUGCUGGGCUGCUUAUAAUGACCGGGACGAUUUCAACACGAAGGUGUUCUCAAUUCUGAGCAGCAUCACAGGCAUGUAUGUGGACUGGUUUUUGGUGGUGCUGAUCGUGACUUCAGUGUUGGUCAUCUACUGCUGCCUCCUGCUGAUCUUUGCGCUGAUCCAGGUGGCUCUUAAAGAACCCCUGAACAUGCACUGGAUUCACAAGGUCCUGCUGUUCUUGGCAGUGGUGAUUGUAGCCGCUGGGGUCGUUGGGCUGUGUUUGCAGUGGAUGGAGGAGUGGGGCACAGCCUUGUUGUCAUUGCAGGUGACAGCCCCUUUUCUGCAGCUAGGGGGUGUGGCUGCCCUGUCGCUCCUCGGCUGGUUUGUGUUCCAGAGAUUCUUCAUGGCCAAGAGAACAGUCUCCAGGGUGUUUAUCCUCUUGGCUUACCUCAUCGUGGUUGCUGCUGUGUUCUUGUCUCCGCUGGUCAUCACAUCUCCCUGCCUCCUGGAGAUAAGGGAGUUACCCCCCAAGCCUGCGCUGAUCGGCCACCGGGGGACGCCCACGCUCGCUCCAGAGAACACAAUGAUGUCCUUCCGGAAGAGUAUGGAGUGUAAGGUGGCUGCCUUCGAGUCAGACAUACUGCUCAGCUGGGACGGAGUGCCAUUCCUGAUGCACGACGAUUCCUUGAAAAGGACGACGAACGUGUUGGAGAAAUUUCCAGAGAGAGCCAGGAACGGCAGCUCCACCUUCAGCUGGAAGGAGCUGCAGAGCCUCAACGCUGGGGCCUGGUACCUGGAGAAUGACCCCUUCCAGACAGUCUCCUCCUUCUCAAAGCUGGAUCGAGAGGAAGCCAUAAAUCAGAGCAUCCCGUCCCUGAGCGAUCUGCUGAACCUGGCCAAGAAGCAAAACACCUCUGUCAUCUUCGAUCUGAAAAAACUCUCUCCGGGACACCCCUACGAACUGAGCUACACCCAGCGCACUGUCGAGACCAUUCUCAACUCCAGCAUCCCGCAGCGACUGGUGCUGUGGCUGGUGAAUAAGGACAGAGACAAAUUGGUAGCGAUACCCCCUGGGUUCCAGAAGAUCUUUGCUGACAAGGAGGCCAUGCGGGUCGGUGGGGGCGACCGGCUCAACAUACGACACUCCUUCCUGAGUGGCCAGGAGAUUCAGAACCUGACUCGGAGUAAUGUGACAGUGAACAUGUGGGUGGUGAAUGAGCGCUGGCUCUUCUCUCUGCUGUGGUGCUCUGGGGUCUCCUCCGUCACCACAAACUCCUGCCACCGCCUCAGGGACAUGCAGCGCCCCAUCUGGCACCUCGCACCCGACACCUACCGAGCGAUCUGGAUCACCGUGGACUGCUUCUUCCUGCUGGUCAUUCUGGGCCUCUUCCUGCUGCAGAGGAGGCGCUUCGGAAACAACAGAGGGGGACGUGCUGAGCACAAGAAUGGCUUUGUAAACUUACUGACGGGCGAGAUGGACACCUUUCUGUGAGGGCCAGGCCGGGCCAGCAGAUGGAAGGACUGUCUGAAGGAGUCCCUGCUAGAAGAAGCAGCAGCAGCAUUCUGAAUGCUUUCUGUUCAGGGCUGCUGAACAAUAUAUUUUUUCUGGGAACUGAGUAGCUGACUUGGGAAUCUGGAUCUCUGGGAAUGCUGCAACUCUAAUUAGGACUGGAAGGGAGUUUUUGUUUGGAGGGGUGGGUUGGUCUUGGGUUACCUUUUCUCUGAACAUUUGGGGGGCUCUAUACUAUACUGUACAGAUGUGCGCCGCCCCCCCCCCCCCCUCAACCUGCUCUUGAAUGUAUUUUAACAAACUGUGCCAAACCCCCACCCUCUCUCCUAUGGGGAGCAGGCAGGACCUGUUUUGAUCACUGAAGUUCACCAUCACUGCUAUGGUUAAGGCUGCGUUUGAAGGUGUUUACUACUGUAUACUGGUCAACAAAAUCGUGUAAUUUCAGACAUAUUUAAAACAUUGUAUUAACACUCCUUAAGUACACACACACACACACACACACACACACACACACAUAUAUAUAUAAUCUAUCAGUAUUUCCAUUUCAAAUUCUAGAAUAUACCUCAGAUAAGUACAGUGUGUCUGUUUGCUCGAAAUGGAAUACAGAACAGUAUGGUAAAAGCUAAAUAUACUAGUUAUCAUGUGUUCAUUCUUCUCAUACCACCCCCAGUUUAGAUUUAAAAAUAGAGUCAUGGCUCCUGGGCCAAGCGUUGACGAGUGCCUUCCAGCACUUUGCAGACUCUUGAGGCAUGCCCAUGUGAGUAUUAAAGCUUGCUACUGGGGAGUCCCACUGUGGGGGCUAUGCUUGGCAGGAUAGUGUGGAAUUACUGAAUAUUACUCGCAACAAUAGCACUGAACAUUCAAUAGCAAAGUUCCCCCUGAUUUUAUUAAUAUAUAUUUUUAAAAAGGACAGAAUUCUGUCCUUAUGUUACAGAAUGAGAAAUGCAAAGCUUAGGAGUGUCUAAUUUAUGAACAACUAUGUGUUUCUUCUUCAUUCUUUUUAAUAAUCACAGUGGACUGGGGUGUCACAAAAGAUGAAGGUGGCGAUACCAAGAUCCGACGCUGUUUAGAUCAUUGCUAUAGACCCCGUUGAAUUUCAUUGCUUCAUUGGAGUAAAAGCACGGAAGAAAUGCCCCAUCAUUUUGCUCCAACAAAACCUCAACUAGACAGCCCUGUUUUUUGUUGACCAGUAACCUUGUUAUUUUCAUAUAAUAUUAUAGAAAUACCUGGUAUUUUUGUAUUAAAUAAAAAGUCUAUUGUUUUUUAAUAAAUAUUUUCUAGAUUCAGGUUAAAUGAAUUUGAAAUGUGAGUAGUUGUGAAGUAAAUGUUAAUAAUGUCUAAUAAAAAAUAGUGAAAGCAAUACCUUUUUGCUUCACUCCUAUAUAGUGUGCUGGAAGUAAAAAAACAUGCCUGGUCUUGAAGACAUUUUCCCUGCCCAAAACUGUUUGUUUAUUUGUUUUUAAUCAAAAAGUAUGAAUCAAGUAAAACAUUUGAGAUCGUUGUUUUAAGGCUGAAAACAAUUAAAAAGGUCUAAUUAAGCUAAUGAGUAGUUCAAUUAAGGGUUCAAUUAAGUAACUGAUAACUGCUGGAAAACCAGCGGACACAGAAGAGUGGGAAACCCUGGGCUAGACCAUCUUCCUGUGUAGGGGUACAGUUUGAAAUUUGUACAGUUUCUUACUGGUUUAAAUUGCACUUUUCCCCCUUUUUUGAGUGGGUGUGUUAAAUCACUUCACUGUUGGAAGAUAGGCUGGAUUUGAUCUAUCUGUUUCACCAGGUGAUUGUAUAUUUUCUCAUUUGUUAUUCAGACUUGGUUUGCAAAGUUAGCAGAAUGUAUACAUGUUUGCUCUAUUUGUACGGGUGUUGGUGUAUUAUUAAAAGUGUCUGUCUUGUGAAGAGA